UGCAUUCCUUUCGGAUACACUUUUUCAGUUUUCACCUUAUCCCGACUCCUCCUUCAAUCCCUGUUUCAAAACCCUGCAAAAAACCUCCUUGUGCCUCCCCAUUCAAACCAAUCCUAUAAAAUAUUUCGCUUCUCAAUUCUAACUUUUGAUCCCCAGUAAAAAUCCCAUCUUUUUACCAUCUUUAAUGGAGCUCUGUUCCGCUUUCAAACCACAGUCCACGGUAGAAAUCUCCUUCUCCUCCUCGUUCUCAUCCUUCUCCUUCCAAACCCACCUCAAAAUACCAAAUAUUGCAACAAGUUUUCGAAUUUUUGCUGUAGCUGUUGACCCAAAAGAGCUUCCAAGAAAUAGCCCCCAAAGGCUUUUAAAAGAGCUAGCAGAGCGCAAGAAAGUGGUCUCCCCUAAGAAAAAACCGCCCCCGAAGAGAUUCAUUCUCAAGCCCCCACUUGAUGAUGCAAAACUGGCUGAAAGAUUCCUCAACAGCCCGCAAUUAUCGCUAAAGUCCUUCCCUUUGUUGAGUUCUUGCUUGCCUUCUUCCCGGUUAAACAAUGCGGAUAAAACGUGGAUGGAUGAGUACUUGCUUGAGGCCAAGCAGGCUUUAGGUUACCCUUUGGAGCCUUCGGAGAAUUAUGGAGAUGAUAAUCCAGCUAAGCAGUUCGACACAUUGUUGUAUCUAGCAUUUCAGCAUCCCCAUUGCGAGAGGACUAAUGCUCGCCACGUGCGGUCGGGGCAUUCCAGGCUAUGGUUCUUGGGGCAGUAUGUGCUGGAGAUGGCAUUGUGUGAGUUCUUCUUGCAGAGGUAUCCUAGGGAGUCACCCGGGCCGAUGAGGGAGAGAGUGUAUGCUUUGAUAGGGAAAAAGUUUCUGCCCAAGUGGAUUAAAGCUGCUAGCUUGCAGAAUUUGAUUUUCCCGUAUGAUGAUAUGGAUAAGUUGAUUAGAAAGGAUCGAGAACCGCCAGUGAAAUCUGUAUUUUGGGCCUUGUUUGGGGCGAUAUAUUUGUGUUUUGGCAUGCCAGAAGUAUAUCGUGUUCUUUUUGAAGUGUUCGGAAUGGACCCUGAGGCUGAAGACUGCCAACCUAAACUGAGGAGACAGCUUGAAGAUGUAGACUACGUUUCUGUGGAGUUUGAAAGUAGAAAGCUUAGCUGGCAGGAUGUUGCUGCUUAUAGGCCUCCAGAAGAUGCUCUUUUUGCACAACCAAGGCUUUUCAGGGCAUGUGUUCCUCCUGGUAUGCAUCGAUUUCGUGGAAAUAUAUGGGAUUAUGAUAGUAGACCACAAAUCAUGAAAACACUCGGAUAUCCCUUGGCAAUGGCAGAUAGGAUCCCUGAGAUCACUGAAGCUAGGAACAUAGAACUUGGACUUGGCUUACAGCUCUGUUUCUUGCACCCUUCCAAGUUCAAAUUUGAGCAUCCACGGUUUUGCUUCGAGAGACUGGAAUAUGUUGGCCAAAAGAUCCAGGAUCUUGUAUUAGCAGAGAGGUUGCUAAUGAAGCAUCUAGACGCUCCCGGAAGAUGGUUGCAGGAAAAGCACCGCCGACUUCUGAUGAACAAGUUCUGUGGGAAGUACUUGAGGGAGAAAUAUCUCCAUCGCUUCAUUAUUUACAGCGAGGAGGUACAGGAUUCCUAUGAACAUAACAGAAGGCUGAGAAAUCCAGCUACAACCUCGGUUCAACAAGCCAUUCAUGGGCUUGCAUAUGCUGUAUAUGGGAAGCCAGAUGUAAGACGCCUCAUGUUUGAGGUUUUUGACUUCGAACAGAUCCAGCCUAAGGCAGUAUGAAGAGUUGAAUAUACAAGAGGUUGACGGUUGACCUGCCUACGAUUUUUAAUGUAUUCUUUUUCCGUUGAGAUUUUCCAUCUCUGUAGUCUAUUUGAUGAAGGGGGCAAUGUACAGAUUAAUUUUAUUCUGAAUGUAGAUUAUAUAUCUCAACAAUAAAAAUGACAUUUAUGCUUGUAUAAGAUUAAAACACCUCUUUGUACCUAAUAUAGUUCGUGAGGAAGCAUACUUAUAGAC